AUGUAUUUGAAGGCGGAGCGGCCUCACGGGUGCGAGCAGUGCGGGAAGGCCUUCGCGCAGGCCGGCGCCCUGGCCAAGCACCGCCGGGUCCACACCGGGGAGAAGCCCUACCGCUGCCCCGUCUGCGCCAAGGCCUUCGCCCUCUCCUCGGGGCUGGUCCUCCACAAGCGCACCCACACCGGGGAGCGGCCCCACGCCUGCCCACUCUGCGGCAAGGCCUUCAUCUCCUCGUCGCACCUUGCCCUCCACCUCCGCUCCCACACGGGCGAGCGGAAGUACCAGUGCCCCGUCUGCGGGAAGCUCUUCCUCCAGUCCUCCCACCUGGUGCGCCACAAGGCCAUCCACACCGGCGAGAGGCCCUUCAAGUGUGAGGACUGCGGCAAGCUCUUCGGGCGUGCCUCACACCUCGCAACCCACCGUCGUGUGCACACGGGCGAGAGGCCUUUCAAGUGCCUGCAGUGCGAGAAGGCCUUCACGCAGAAGGCCGGGCUGGUCCUCCACGUCCGCCUGCACACCGGGGAGCGGCCCUACAAGUGUGACAAGUGCGGGAAGAACUUCCGUUCCUCUGCCCACCUCGUGUCGCACCAGCUUCUCGAGUCGGGUGAGAGGAACUUCAAGUGCUCCACCUGCGGGAAGGCCUUCAAGCAGGCGUCGUCCCUCAAGCAGCACCUGAAGACCCACGAGGCACGCGAGCCUCACCGCUGCUCGGUCUGCAGCCGAGCCUUUUCCAGGUCCUCUUACCUCCAGCUUCACAUGAGAACACACAGUGGGGAGCGGCCGUACCACUGUUUGGUUUGCAACCGGACAUAUGCCAAACUUUCCACCUUUGAAAAACAUUGUAAAAAGCACCAGCAGGAUGAAGAGAGGCCUGAUGCUAGACCCAGGUCAAUGACCACCAGGGCAAAAGCACGGGCUGAGAAGAAAAAGCAGGAGCAGAAACAGCAGCAGCGAAACGACAGCCUCGAGCAGCCUCACCAGGCUGACCCAAAGCAGUAG